UUGACAUGGCAAUCGAGCAACAGGAUUGGUUGUGUAGUUGUACCUUGUUGGAACUCUUGGACUGUCGUAGUGUGUGAAUACAAUCCGGGAGGAGAUCUGCCUGGAGAAGUGAUCUAUGACGAAGGAGAUCCCUGUACAAAGGACGCCGACUGCCAGUGCUCCGACUGCAUUUGUAGUAGAGAUGAGGCUUUUUGUAUUGCUCCAUAG